AUGGAAAAAAAUAUUGAAAAAGAAAGAAAUCUGGAAAUCCAGAAAAGAUUUCGCAAUGAAACUGGUUUGUUGGUAGAUAUACCAAAGGCAAAUUUUGGCAACACAAAUGAUGGAAACACGCGCCGAAGAUUUUUUGAAGACCCGAAAGUAGCUUCCAAAAUAACGGGCAUUAGUUAUGACCUAAUUUAUAAAUUAAAGGUCAUACUAGAAACGAUUUCGAGCGAACAUAUAAUUGAUCCGGAAAAAUAUGACAAAUACGCAUUAGAAGCUGCUCGCUUAUAUAUGCAGCUGUACCCUUGGCACCCAAUGACACCAGCAAUGCACAAAAUACUUAUUCAUGGUGCAGUUAUAACAGAAACUGCAUUGUUGCCUAUUGGGCAGCUGUCUGAAGAAGAAUUCGCGGAAGCAGGUAACAAGCAUUUCCGAUCAUACCCCCAAGACUUCGCGAGAAAAUUCUCUAGAGAAAAUUGUAACAUGGAUAUUUUUAAUCACCUGCUUCUAAGUUCAGACCCCCUUUUAAGUAGCAUGAAGAACUUUAAAAGAAGAAAAAUGAAGUCUUUUUUGCCAGAAAAAAUUAAUUUACUAAUGUCUGCAAAGCCGCUUGAAGCUGGCAAUGUUAGAUAA